ACUCCGUAAUAGAUAGAAAGGGCUCACCGGCCGUCGGCCGCCCAUCUGGACUCCAUCAGCACGUGAUAAUAUACGAAGCGACAAUGAACGGUCCGAAGUCUCCGAACCGCGGAACCUGACAGGUUGGAUAGAGAGAGUACAACACGCAUACACAGAAGACACAGCUAGAGAGAGAGAGAGAGAGAGAGAGAGGUGAGGAGAGAGAUUCACAUCUCCCCCUCCCCGUUCUAAAAUUUCUCGCCAUUGAUUAGAUUUCUCUCUGAAUUUCAAAUUCCAGUUUCAACUCUUGAUUCCAAAAGGGAAAAGAAAAAAAACACAACAUUGUUAAAGGUGCUAUGGAUGAUUCCAACGGCGAUGAGAACACGACGUCGUCGUCGUCCGUUCCUUGCUCGAUUUGCCUCGAUUUGGUUACGGAUAACGGGGACAGGUCGAUAGCCAAGCUUCAAUGCGGCCACCAGUUCCAUCUCGAUUGUAUUGGUUCGGCAUUCAACGUUAAGGGAGCAAUGCAAUGCCCAAAUUGCCGUAAGGUCGAGAGUGGUCAAUGGUUAUUUGCAAGUGGCUCUACAAAUUCAUUUCCUGAGUUUGUCAUGGAUGACUGGACUCCUGAUGAUUAUGCGUUGAACUACACUGAAAUGCCGCUCGGAGUUCAUUGGUGUCCAUUCGGUGGAUUAGCUCAGGUUCACUCAUCUUUUGAGGAAGUGGAAUCGGCAUCGACAACAUAUCAUAAUUUACAGAGACACCAGGCCAUAUUUGCUGAACAUACGUCUGCAUCAUCUAUGGCUCAUUCAUAUGUUGCAUACUUGGGACCCAUUCCCCCGGCUUCCUCAAACGCCAAUGAGAGUGUCGAAGAUCCCAACUUCAACCAUCACUGGAAUGGCAUAACUGGGCAAAAUGAGAUCUUUACUGCCCAUGGUUUUCCAGUCAUUGAUGUCCAAUAUCAAAGUUGGGGUCAUCAUUCCCAUCCUUUCUCAAACAGUGGUCACAUUGACAGGACUGAUCAUGCUUCAGUUGCUCCUGCCACUGUGAGACCUACCGGGGUUGAAUAUGACGAUUUGACAAGAUUUGGAUCUGUUGUGCAUGCAUCUUUUCAUGGUCGUGGCAACAGUCGUUCUCAUGAAAGAACAUCAGCUUCUCAUGCCAACGGAAUUCAUCACCAGCGACAACUGAGCAAUCCACCUGGCAUGCUGCCACCUAUCAUUCCCCUUGUCAGGAGAUCCAACGGUCCAAGGGGCAUAGCAACAUCUCAACCUGAUCAAAGUGGAGGCUUCUUCAACUUCCCUCCUCCAGGCCCAUCAAGCCGAAACCCACAUGAAACAGAAAAUUCAUUCGUGAACCAUAUCCAUCCGCGUGAGAGAAACCAUUUGCCUCAACCAGUUGUCUCAUUUGACUGGGACUCUGUUUGGGGUCCGUUUCAUCAUGCUCAUGGAGGCUCUUCCACCAACAGGUCUGGUAACUUUUGGGGUAGACACCGGUCUUAAAAGACAUGUUUAUGCUUGAAGGUUUUAUGUCAGCCUAUUAAUCCUGGUCUCUGAAGAUUGCAUAUAAGCUGUCUGAAUAUUUACAAACUGGAACCGGGAAAUUUGUUUCUGUACAUUUGGUUUGUCCCGGCAUAUGGCCUGAGAAACUGAAAAACUGUUCUUGCAAUCACGUGGCCUGUUGACAACUGGGCUUUUUUUGAAUAUACUAUUUUUUGGGGAGAA